AUGCCACAGCGCCCGUCCCGUGAGGAAUACCGCCGCGUCCGCGAGAACCGCGAGAAUCACGAGCGCACCGAGGGUGCUGAGAACGAGGUGCGUGUGACUGCCACCCAUGGCCAGCACAGCUACAUCUCGUACGUCAUCGCCGUCCUGAACGGUGAGGACGGUAAGGCACGCAACGACACGGUGAAGAUCAGCGGUAUGGGCGGCGCCAUUUAUAACGCCGUCAACAUCGCCGAGAUUGUGAAGCGCCGCAUUGUUGGGCUCUACCAGGUUACGGAGCUGGGCUCUGAGCUGGUUCGCGACGAGUACGAGCCAAUCGACCGCAACCAGAACCCUGAGAACGUCGUGGUGGAGCGCAAGGUGUCCACAAUCCUCAUCACGCUGUCCCGUAACCCGUUGGACAAGACCAACCCUGGUUACCAGGAUCCGAUCUCGGAGAGCGAGGUGACGGAACAGGAGAAGCGCGACCACACUAUGAGCCGUCGCGGUGGUCGUGGCGGCGGUCGCGGUGGCCGCGGUGGCAGCCGUGGUGGGCGUGGUGGCAGCCGUGGUGGGCGUGGUGGAAUCGGUGUCGAUCGCCGCGAUGACCGCGAGAAUUAG